GCUCAGACUCAGAAUAUUUUGGACGGAUUUCUGCCUUUCUGGUUCAGAGAAUGGAAUGGGGAAGACUCAAUCGAAGAGGGAGAGAGUAGAGAGUAUGGUUGAUUAGAAAGAUUACAAUUGCUGAACUUUAUAAUCCAAAGUGGAAAAACGAGAUGAACUAUUGCUGCAGCUCCUAUGUCAACUCUCAUCCUCAUUCCCAUCCUACUCCAUGGAAACCUUUUUCUUCUUCUUCCUCUCCUUCUCCUCCGUCACCAUCUAGGUUCUUCGUUAGGUUCACCAAGAAUAAGAAGGAGAGCAUAUCAUUACCCAUCAUUGGCGACGUGAAUUCUAAUUCGCGUCGUCUGGCAAUGAUUCGAGCUGCCGCUUCGGAUAACUCAGGAGACACCAUCAAUAACAAGGAUACCAUGGCAGCAAAAGGGUCGGGAACGACUGCCAGGAGUCGCAGGUUGCUCAAAGUCAAGGAGGAGAAGAGAAAGCGCGAAUAUGACCGUCUCCACAACUAUCCUUCCUGGGCCAAAAUCUUAGAAGAUGCCUGCAGAAAUGACUCUGAGCUCCGAGCCGUCCUCGGCGAUAGCAUUGGAAACCCUGAACAAAUGAGGAAAAAGGUUGAAGAAAGGGUUCGGAAGAAAGGUCGAGAUUUUCGCAAGUCCAAAACGGGUUCUGUCCUCGCCUUCAAAGUCAGCUUCAGAGACUUCAAUCCACUUGAUUCCUACAUUUGGUUUGAACUAUAUGGAUCGCCAUCUGACCGGGAUGUUGACCUCAUUGGUAGUGUUAUUCAGUCAUGGUACGUCAUGGGGCGUUUAGGAGCCUUCAACUCUUCCAAUUUGCAGUUGGCAAACUCAUCCUUUGAGUACAAUCCCCUCUAUGAUGCAGAUAAGGGUUUUAAAGUGAUGCCAUCUUCUUUCCAUGAUAUCAGUGAUGUUGAAUUUCAGGACAAUUGGGGGCGGGUUUGGGUAGACCUUGGAACCUGUGAUUUUUUUGCUGUUGAUGUGCUCCUCAAUUGCUUGACUGUAUUAAGUUCAGAAUACUUAGGCAUUCAACAAGUGGUUUUCGGGGGCCACCGUAUGGGUGAUUGGGAAGAAGGGAUGACAAACCCUGAAUACGGAUACAAGCACUUCAAGAUAUGAAGUGAAAGAUUUCUUCUCAUUUUUCCAGUAUCUUAGCGUAUCAUUCUAAAACCAUACAGAGCUUAGAUAGGUCUUUUUGCCAGCCCCAAAGAGAUGUGCAGGCAUUUAUCAAGUGAUUUUGGGUGGUCUACAUGGGAUAGGAAAAAUGGGUCACGAGCCCUAUGGAUACAUGUGCUUAAGGAUUUCAAGCCAUGUUAGGAUGCAUUGUCCUUUACAAGUUGGUUAAAUUAAUGGUCCAUUACAAGGCAUUUGAUGGUUCCGCAAGACAUGCAUAGCAAUCUGGAUUUUUUCCAUUGCUGUAAUUCUAGUUUACUGUCUCAGCAUGUUUGACAUGAUCGGAGAUUUUAUCAGUUUGUGUAUUUCUCCAUAACAGCGACAUAGAUUCUGGCUAAUAUAUGAUUUCUUUUCCCUCUUUUUUUC